UUUUGUUUUCUGGUAAUUCACAGUGUAGUACCGUCUGUUCAGCUCGUGUUUUGAUUUGGUGGCGAGAGAGACAGCGUAUUCUCAGUAGCUGCACAGGGCUUGCGGUCUAGGCGGGUAGCGCAUUGUUGACAGCCCUGCCUGUGUGUGGUGCCUCGAACGGCGCGCGGCGGCUAGCGCAGCGGAGGGCGUAGCUCGGCGUGUUCAAACUUGUUCGCGCGCGUUGUCGCUCUUUCUCGCGUCUCGCUGUCGGACAGAGCGUAUCCUUAGUAGCUGCACAGGGCUUGCGUUCGAGUGACAGCCCUGCCUGCUGUGUCUCGAGCGGCGCGCGGUGCCAAGCGCAGCGGUGGGCGCAUCUCGACGUGUUCAAACUUGUUCGCGCGCGUUCUCGCUCUUUCUCGCGUCGCGCUGUCUGUUUAAGUGUGAAUGUGUGGAAAUGGCGUCAACAAGGCUUCAAACUGAUCUGUGGCUUAUUGGACAACCAGCUUCAGAGAUCACCGGCGGGAAAUUGCCAUUGACUUCGCAAGUUUUGCAGCGUUUCUUCUAUUUGCACAACAUUGAUGGGAAGCCAUUAAGGGACAGUGCGAGAGAAACAAUCGAAGAAACUUUACCGUUCUGGGUCAAAGCUGGAGUUCCGACUCAAGAGGUGAGAAAUGCCACAGACGCCCUCCUCCGUCUCCACAGAGAUUACGUGUCUUUGAAGAAAAAUAUCAACAGGACAGGCAAAAUCUAUGAUGACCGUCGGCAAGAUUUCCAAGACAGACUUAGUAGAACUUAUGAUCUAGCAACGGUCGAUGCAGUGAGUAGAAUGGAAGAGGAGAUUAAAAAAACAAAGGACCUGAAAAGAAAAGCAGCCAUGGUGGAGGACCUGCAAUUUUACAAGCAGCAAAUUGAAACCCGCAAAGGAACUUUGGGUAACGUAGACCCACUUGAAAUUAAAAAAAUGAAAAGAGAUGAAAGAAAGAAAGAAAAAGAGAGAAUUUUACAAGAAAAAUACCACGAGGAGAAGAUGAAAUGCGAAGAGAGUAUGAAGAAAGUUGACUGGGUGGAUGUUAAAGAAGAGCUGCCCGAUGAAGAUUUACCUGAGAGUAGGGAGAAAGAUGAAGAUUUUAAGAUGGAAAACAAUUAUCUGAAAAGAAAAGUUAAGACUGACGUGCUGACACCAACUCUCCUCGCUUCUCUGGACCGGAAUGCAUUGACGGACCGAAAAGCUCUGCGCACGGUAUCAGAGACAGCCUCUGCUCUUGGACACGACCUGAAAGACGUAAAUUUAUCAAGAUCAACUAUUCGGCGAUACCGAGAGUCAAGCAGGGCGAAUGCUCGAGGACGUCUUCCUGAUGACUUCACCUUGGACGGUCCUGUUGUGCUCCACUGGGACGGAAAACGGCUGGAAGAAGAUGGUGCUUGGGUUGAACGGCUCGUUGUUGUCGCUGUUGAUCUGAAAUCCGGAAGCGAGCAGCUUUUGGGCAUUGUGCGGCUCCCGGAUGGCACCGGCAAGUCUCAGGCCGACGCUGUGUUGUCGCUGGCAAGAGAGUGGGACUUGGCACACAGGGUGGUGGGCUUAUCGUUCGAUACCACCGCUUCGAACACCAGCCCGGCCAAGGGAGCCUGCGUGCUGAUCGAGCUGGGUCUGGGGCGGAAGCUGCUGCGGCUUGCGUGUCGGCACCACGUCCUGGAGUUGCCUGUGAAAGGUGGCUUCGAGGCGCUGAUCGGGAAAUCUCAGUCUCCAGACAUUCCCUUGUUCAGUCGUUUCAGGGCAUUCUGGAAAAACAUUGAUCAAGGGAAAUACGUAAAUGCGAGGCAGUUGCAGCUAAUUCGCCGCAUUCCUGAAGCAGACGAAAUUAUCGUCUUCUGCAAAGAGCAGCUGUUGCAGGAAAAGCAGCCGCGCGAUGACUACAGGAUGCUCUUGCUCUACACAAUCAUAUUUCUCGGUGGAGUCCCUCCCGGUGGUGUGAAGUUUUACGAACCCAUCACCGUUAGCAAGACGCGUUUCAUGGCAGGGGCGAUAUACUGCAUACUUAUUUGCAUGUUUAGUCGUCAAUUCUCGCUCUCAGCUCAGGAGAAGACUGCUGCCUCUGAAACGGCUGUGUUUGUUGUGACAGAGCAUAUCCAGGUAUGGUUUCUAUCAAGAAUUUCUGCUGUGGCACCGAGAACUGACUUGGAGUACCUCAAAACCAUCACCAGAGAUGUACUUCGCAACAAGAAGAAUGAUGCUCGGAAGACCAUGUGGAAAACUGCGGGGGGGAAAUUUUUGGGACAUUUGUGGUAUCUGUGCCCUGAACUGGCCACUUUGGCUUUAUUUGAUAGACAGGUAGACCAGGAGACCAAACUGUCUAUUGUGGCUGCGAUGAAUGCAGGGGAGGACAUGGAGGAAGACGAUUUGCCUAAUAAGGGGUUCAUAGUCAAGUUAGAAAAUUCGGUAUUGUCAUUGACACUUCCCAGUUUUGUUAACGCAGGGUCCAAAUAUUUCUUCCACAAGUUGGGUGUCCAGCCUGACUUUUUAUCUUUGCACCCAUCAGAAUGGCCUUCUAACAGUAAUUUUAAGGAAAUUGAAGUCCUCGUCAAAAACCUCCCUGUUGUAAAUGACGCAGCGGAGAGGAAUGUGAGAAUAGCAACAGAUUUCCACAAUAUACUCACAAAAAAUGAAGACCAAAGACAAGGCUUGUUCCUCAAUGUUGCAAACGACCGCAAAAGUGUUAGUCAAAAAUAAACUUAAUUAUGCUUGUCAUUUCAAUAAUGUGCAACUUUAACCAAACAAUUCUAUUGAGUUUUCAGAUGUGAUAUUUCUAAUUACCAAAUGCUAAGGUGCCAUGUGCCAUAUUAAACAUUUAACGUGAAAUAAAUAAAAAAAAUCAAAGUGAGAACGUUAUUUUUACCAUCCAGAAACCCCUUAAAAUACACAAAAACU